AUGGGCAAGUCUAGAACUUUGAUGACAUGUAGAGAGACUGUGUUUAAUGAGACACUACCUUACAGACCAUUCCUUACCAAAGAAGAGACUGUGAUUAAGUUACACAGUUCUGAUCAUGCAUUAGAUGAUAAUGACAAAAAACAGAUUCUCCAGAAGUAUGGUUUAAAUGUUGAUUUAAUGUCGCCUGCAUUGCUGACAUCAACAUCUCACAUGUUUCCUCUUCUCUGUAAAUUGUUUUCAAAGGAAACAAAAUUCCAAGCUCUUGGUUCAAAGUUUUUCCUGAAUCCAGUCCAAUGUAUCAUUGAUGAACUUGAUGAUAUGCAGGGACAUAACAAACUGAAUUAUGCAACACUUGUUCUGUGUAUGCUAAAUGAAAACAGUCUCUCAGAAAACGUUCUAGAGGAUAACAAAAAUGAACAUUUCAUUAACAUGAAAAAACAACUUUUGAAAAAUUGCAGAUUAGAACAGUACACUGAUACUUUCAAGUUUAUGGAUGCUUUGUCAGCAAUGGAGGGGACAUACACAAAACAAUGUGGUGCAAAAUACACAUUUAUACAUGACUCCAUGUUUGAAAUUUGUGCUUAUCAUUAUGGCAAACAGUUUACUGACCAAAUGUUUGAUUAUAUGAGUAGUAAUUAUAUUGCUAAUUAUGUCAAACCACAGACAAGUGAACCAGAUAUUGUUAACAAAUUGAAAGAGAAACAGAGUGAUUCUCAAUCUAUUGAGGGGCAUGAGAGUAGCAGUGAUAGUGAUGGAAAAGAGAAGGAGAGUGAUCAUAAAAACAGUGAGAGAGAGGAAUCUCAAUCUAUUGAGGGUGAUGAGAGUGGCAAUGAUGGUGAUGAAAAGGUGAAACAGAGUGAUUCUCAACCUAUUGAGGGGUGUGAGAGUAGUGAUGGAAAAGAGAAGGAGAGUGAUGAUAAAAACAGUGAGAGAGAGGAAUCGUCUGAUCUGUGUAUAAGGUUACGUGAGGAUCAGUACCCACUGUUAGCAGAGAGAUUGUACAAAGACAUACAGAACAUGGAGCUGUAUGAUGUUUUCAGGAAUCAGGUUUUGAAACAUCCCAAGGUGUGUCAGACUUUUAUUGGUGUGUUAGAGACAAAGUCAUACACAGAAUUAAAAGACUUAUUUCUGUCCAGUCAGGGAAAUGUAGAUAAGAUAGCGAGUAAAAAAAAGUGUGUGGAGGAGAGUGAGAAGUGGAGUGAGGGGCAGAGACAGGAGGUGCUAAUGGGGAAGUAUAGACUAGGGGAUGAGGGAAACAUAUGGGAUGAACACACGUACAAUGUGAGAGUGAUCAGCUGGGUGGCUUGCUAUGGACAUUAUCAGAUAUUAAAGUACAUAGUACAACAGACUGAACAACACAAUGAAAUAAGUGAAUUGUUUACGAUAACAGGAAGUUUUCCACAGGAAUCUAGAUCCGAGAUAUUUGAAAAGAUUAAGAAUAAAGUUUUUAAUAGAUCUAGAAGAGAAAGAAUGGUAGAGGGAUCGGGAGUAGAAGCAUGCAAUAAUCCGGAGAACAAUAGGCCUGUAGAACAAUCUACAUCUGGGAUAUAUACAAGUAAUAAACAGGAAAGUGAAAUCAGUAGGCUUUUAGAAGAGUGUAGAUUACUUACAUUGUGUUGUUAUAGUGGUGAUGUACUGACAGUUAGAGUUCUGCUUCCUAUCUGUAAGAAAACAAUCAAUGGGAUAGGUCAGAUCAGUAAAGGUGUUUUUGUGUAUCAUUUACCUCUUACUGCUGCAUGUGAGGGAGGACAUGUGAGUAUAGUGGAGGAGCUGGUGAAGGCAGGGGCUGAUGUCAAUCUACAGGAUUAUAUACGCAAGAAACCACUGAUAGUUGCAUGUGAGGAAGGACAUGUGAGUAUAGUGGAGGAGCUGGUGAAGGCGGGGGCUGAUGUCAAUCUACAGGAUAAGUACAGCAGUACACCACUGAUAGUUGCAUGUUUGGGAGGACAUGUGAGUAUAGUGGAGGAGCUGGUGAAGGCGGGGGCUGAUGUCAAUCUACAGGAUUAUAUAAGCAAUACACCACUGAUAGUUGCAUGUCAGAGAGGACGUGUGAGUAUAGUGGAGGAGCUGGUGAAGGCGGGGGCUGAUGUCAAUGUACAGGAUGAUGACGGGGAUACACCACUGAUAGCUGCAUGUGAGAGAGGACAUGUGAGUAUAGUGGAGGAGCUGGUGAAGGCAGGGGCUGAUGUCAAUCUACAGGGUAAGUACAGCAAGAAACCACUGAUAGUUGCAUGUGAGAGAGGACAUGUGAGUAUAGUGGAGGAGCUGGUGAAGGCGGGGGCUGAUGUCAAUCUACAGGAUUAUGAAAGCAAUACACCACUGAUAGUUGCAUAUGAGGGAGGACAUGUGAGUAUAGUGGAGGAGCUGGUGAAGGCAGGGGCUGAUGUCAAUCUACAGAAUCAGUACGGCAAGACACCACUGAUAGCUGCAUGUAAGGGAGGACAUGUGAGUAUAGUGGAGGAGCUGGUGAAGGCAGGGGCUGAUGUCAAUCUACAGGAUCAGUACGGCAAGACACCACUGAUAGCUGCAUGUGAGGGAAGACAUGUGAGUAUAGUGGAGGAGCUGGUGAAGGCAGGGGCUGAUGUCAAUCUACAGGAUCAGUACGGCAAGACACCACUGAUAGCUGCAUGUGAGAGAAGACAUGUGAGUAUAGUGGAGGAGCUGGUGAAGGUGGGGGCUGAUGUCAAUCUACAGGAUAAGUACGGCAGUACACCACUGAUAGUUGCAUGUGAGGGAGGACGUGUGAGUAUAGUGGAGGAGCUGGUGAAGGCGGGGGCUGAUGUCAAUCUACAGGAUGGUGACGGGGAUACACCACUGAUAGCUGCAUGUGAGAGAGGACAUGUGAGUAUAGUGGAGGAGCUGGUGAAGGCAGGGGCUGAUGUCAAUCUACAGGAUAAGUACGGCAAGACACCACUGAUAGCUGCAUGUGAGAGAGGACAUGUGAGUAUAGUGAAGGAGCUGGUGAAGGCAGGGGCUGAUGUCAAUCUACAGGAUUGUGACGGGAAUACACCACUGAUAGCUGCAUGUGAGAGAGGACAUGUGAGUAUAGUGGAGGAGCUGGUGAAGGCGGGGGCUGAUGUCAAUCUACGGGAUGGUGACGAGAAUACACCACUGAUAGCUGCAUGUGAGGGAGGACAUGUCAGUAUAGUGGCGGAGCUGGUGAAGGCGGGGGCUGAUGUCAAUCUACAGGAUAGAUGGGAUAAUACAGCACUGAUAGCUGCAUGUCAGAGAGGACAUGUGAGUAUAGUGAAGGAGCUGGUGAAGGCGGGGGCUGAUGUCAAUCUCCAGGAUGUAUGGAAGAUUACAGCACUGAUAGCUGCAUUUAAGAGAGGACAUGUGAGUAUGGUGGAGGAUCUGGUGAAGGCGGGGGCUGAUGUCAAUCUACAGGAUGGUGACGGGAAUAUACCACUGAUAGUUGCAUGUGAGCGAGGACAUGUGAGUAUAGUGAAGGAGCUGGUGAAGGCGGGGGCUGAUGUCAAUCUACAAGAUAGAUGGGAGAAUACAGCACUGAUAGCUGCAUGUAAGAGAGGACAUGUGAGUAUAGUGGAGGAGCUGGUGAAGGCGGAGGCUGAUGUCAAUCUACAGAAUAAGUACAGCAAUACACCACUGAUAGCUGCAUGUAAGGGAGGACAUGUGAGUAUAGUGGAGGAGCUGGUGAAGGUGGGGGCUGGUGUCAAUCUACAGGAUGAUAACGGGAAUACACCACUGAUAGCUGCAUGUGAGGGAGGACAUUUGAGUAUAAUGAAGGAGGUGGUGAAGGCAGGAGCUGAUGUCAAUCUACGGGGUAAUUACUGGAAUACACCACUGAUAGAUGCAUGUGAGGGAGGACAUGUGAGUAUAGUGGAGGAGCUGGUGAAGGCGGGGGCUGAUGUCAAUCUACAGAAUGUUGUCAGGAAUACAGCACUGAUAGCUGCAUGUAAGAGAGGACAUGUGAGUAUAGUGGAGGAGCUGGUGAAGGCUGGGGCUGAUGUCAAUCUACAGGAUAGAUGGGAGAAUACAGCACUGAUAGCUGCAUGUGAGAGAGGACAUGUGCGUAUAGUGGAGGAGCUGGUGAAGGCGGGGGCUGAUGUCAAUCUACAGGAUGGUGACGAGAAUACACCACUGAUAGCUGCAUGUGAGGGAGGACAUGUGAGUAUAGUGGGGGAGCUGGUGAAGGCGGCGGCUGAUGUCAAUCUACAGGAUAGAUGGGAGAAUACAGCACUGAUAGCUGCAUGUGAGAAAGGACAUGUGAGUAUAUUGGAGGAGCUGGUGAAGGCAGGGGCUGAUGUCAAUCUACGGAGUAAUUACAGGAAUACACCACUUAUAGCUGCAUGUAAGAGAGGACAUGUGAGUAUAUUGGAGGAACUGGUGAAGGCGGGGGCUGAUGUCAAUCUACAGGAUUAUAACAAGAAUAUGCCACUGAUAGCUGCAUGUGAGGGAGGACAUGUAAGUAUAGUGGAGGAGCUGAUGAAGGCGGGGGCUGGUGUCAAUCUAGAGGGUAUACUGGAGAAUACACCACUGAGAGCUGCAUGUGAGCGAGGACAUGUGAGUAUAAUGGAGGAGCUGGUGAAGGCAGGGGCUGAUGUCAAUCUACAGGAUGAUAACGGGAAUACACCACUGAUAGCUGCAUGUGAGGGAGGACAUGUGAGUAUAGUGAAGGAGCUGGUGAAGGCAGGGGCUGAUGUCAAUCUACAGGAUAGUUGGGAGAAUACACCACUGAUAGCUGCAUGUGAGAGAGGACAUGUGAGUAUAGUGGAGGAGCUGGUGAAGGUGGGGGCUGAUGUCAAUCUACAGGAUGGUGACGGGAAUACACCACUGAUAGUUGCAUGUGAGAAAGGACAUGUGAGUAUAGUGGCGGAGCUUGUGAAGGCGGGGGCUGAUGUCAAUCUACAGAAUAGAGAGGGGAAUACACCACUGACAGCUGCAGUAAGAAGGUGUUCUUUAUCAAUAGUGAAAUAUCUAGUAGAACAUGGAGCUGACUUGGUUACUCAGGUUGUUGAUAUCAAUGUGUCAGCAGUAUAUAAUGCAUUAAUACUGAACAAUCCAGAUAUAGUGAAAUAUCUCAUACAGGAACAAAAUAAAAUCACUCCUGGUCAAUGUAAUGGAAAUGUACACCUAUUUAACUGUCUGGUGGACAUCAGACAUGCUGGAGUUAAAACAGACAGUAGGGAUGACGUGGUGGUGACAGACAGAUCGGUGUGGUGUGUGUAUAGUCAGGGAGAUUUGUGGAGGACAAUCAGUGAUAGAGACUGUGAUGUACUGAGACGUCUGUUGUGUCUGGGUCUGGAUGUCAAUCAGUCGAUACAGUUGUAUGAUGAGGACAAUAAGUCUGAUGUGAGACCUCUGUUGUAUACACUGAUUGAUGAGUAUGGUAUUUAUGUUUGUGAUAUAAUGGAGAAGGUGGGAAUCCUACUGGGGGCGGGGGCGGACGUCAAUAUCAGGGUGAGGUAUAGAGAGUAUGACUCUGUGUUAGACAGGGAGAGCGUGUCUGUUCUAGAGAGGACGAGGCGACUGGUGUGUAAGUACAGUGAUAGUAGCGGUGAGUAUGACAGGGUGUUCAGAAUGCAAGAGUGCAAGAGAGUGAUGUGUGAGAUAAAGAAACAUGUCAGAAGACACUCUGUAUAGUCCCUGAUAGAAUAGUAGAGAAAUAUGUUAAGUUUUUCAGUAGAUGUACUGAGUAUAAAACCCAAUAGGUUACCAGUAUCUUUGUAGAUAAUGCUAUUUAUAAAUUGUUUGGCCGCACAUCUCUCUCGUUAAGUUUCCAUUUGUUUGUGUACAAUAAUACAGUGUUUCACAUGCAUAUAUUCUGUAAAUAUUCGAAGCUUUCUGAAAAUACUGAAUAAAAUCCAAGAUUAAUAUUAAACGUUGGCUGUGACAGUCUAUUGUCUAAGUCAUUGAUUAUGAAUAGGUGUACUUGUGUAUAAUACUUGAUGCCUUUUUAUUAUGUACUACAUGUAAUUGCUUGCGUAUGUUGCUUGCGUACGUUGCUUAAUGCCUGUAUAUAUGUACCAUAAAAUUAUAUGUAUUUAUUAUCCAUGAAAUCAGUAUCUAAUACUUCUGUUACAUCGGACGGUUGAAAUGAAUCAUCAAUAAAUUGAUUAAAUACAUUACACGUGUGUUACAAUAAAUUGAUUAGAUAC